AAGAAUUUUCCAAACAUGGGCACAAGCCUAGAACCUUGUACUUGGUCGGUCAGGUCCCGAAGUAGGUGGCACGACGUGGUAAAGCUAAACUUCACCCUGUUUUCCCAAAACUCACAAAAGACAGAGCCAGACAGAUAGAAACCGAUCUCCAUGGCAGCUUCGAAGGUCCAAGCUUUCUGGAACCACCCAGCAGGCCCUAAAACCAUUCACUUUUGGGCUCCAACUUUUAAAUGGGGCAUUAGCAUAGCAAAUAUUGCUGAUUUCUCAAAGCCACCUGAAAAUAUCUCUUAUCCUCAGCAAAUAGCUGUUACGUGCACUGGGCUUAUUUGGUCUCGUUACAGUAUGGUGAUUACUCCGAAAAACUGGAAUCUUUUUAGUGUUAAUGUUGCAAUGGCUGGGACAGGCUUGACUCAAUUGUCACGCAAAAUAACGCAUGACUACUUUUCCGACACAGAUGCAGCUGUACAAAAAGAAUGAUCACAAACCUUUCCGUAUGUACAUUGAGCUCGUGAUGCUAGCUUCUCUGUCUCUUGAUUAAUUUUCCCCGAGAACUGCAAUGUGAAGUACACCAAGAAAUCAGGCGUUUUUGUUGUUGUUGUUGUACUUUUGGUCUUAUUAGCUUGUAAUUUAAGUUUUUGAGUGUUUUCAAUUGACUACUCGUGCACGUUGCUUUGUGCUUAAAUUGAGAAAACCCCACAUUCUUUUAUCUUUGGAGCAACUUGAGAGACACUCCUGAGCUUGAACUUCUGGUGGAUUUGCCAUUGGAUACAAGAAUGUUGAUUGGAGAAUUGACUCAAGGUCCAUAAGUUUGGGGAUCUCUAAGAUCACUUUUCCUGUACAUUGCUGUUUUUCUUUAUAAGAAUUGAUUUACAAUAA